AUGCUGUCCAAGAUGUUUUCCAUUGGAGUGGAAACAAUCGUUCACAACUAUACCAUUUCGGAUCCACAUUCAGAACUUGGACGCAAGCUGCCUGGAUUCUUGGAUCCAAACUGCCCAGCCGUAGUGAUUCCUCUCCACACCUGGGCCUUCCACCCUACGCAACAUGCGUUUCUUCGACACAGAUGGAGAUCCACAAGGCCUGGCCGUUUGGAGCAGCUGGACUCAGCUGAUCCUGUGCCCAAGCUUGGCUCGGCGGAAAUGAUGCGGACCUGGGUCAGUUGCUUCGGGAUUGUCCUCUCAGGAUUGCUGCGGAAGACUUUCUGGUAG